AUGUGUGGAUAUACAGAGGAUCGCACGUUCCGCUGUGAGGAAUGCGACGAGCUCUUCCAGUCGAAGCUAGAUCUCCGGCGGCAUAAGAAAUACACCUGCACCUCCGUCAACACCCUCUACGAGACCCUGAAUGAGGAGAUCAAGCAGGAGGGGGUCAGCGAUGGGCAGAUCCACGAGUGCAAAGACUGUGAGAGGAUGUUUCCCAAUAAGUACAGGUACCAUCUCUCUGCUGGCCCAGGAUGGCCGCAAUGGGAAGGAAGUGUGCAAAGCCCCCCUUCAGGUUCCCCCGUCCCCAAGCCAAUGAGGCUUUCUUCUCCCAGCUCUCCGGACCAUCUUCCCAGGAGCUCUUCCUGGGAGCCUGACCCAGAGGAUGCUAGAGGGAGAGCCGGGAGGGCCCCGGGAAGUCAUCAAGUCCAAACCUGCCCAUUCCCCAGGAGAAGGAAGAGCUGGGAGCGGGGAGACCUCAGCUCCAACCCCCCUCACUUUACAAAGAAGGAACGGGACACCAACAGACAUAAAAGCUGCGCGAGCGAGAAAACCCCAGAAGACCUCCUCGUUCCCCCAUUCCCCAAUCCACCCACCUGGGACUCAAACCGCUUCCUCCCCCAGGUCUUCACGGACCCCAGCAACCUCCAGAGGCACAUCCGCUCCCAGCACGUGGGUGCCCGGGCCCAUGCCUGCCCCGACUGCGGGAAGACCUUCGCCACCUCAUCCGGCCUCAAACAGCACAAGCACAUCCACAGCACGGUGAAACCUUUCAUAUGUGAGGUCUGCCACAAAUCCUACACACAGUUCUCCAACCUCUGUCGCCACAAACGGAUGCACGCGGACUGCCGGACCCAGAUCAAGUGCAAAGACUGUGGCCAAAUGUUCAGCACUACCUCCUCUCUCAACAAGCACCGGCGCUUCUGCGAGGGCAAGAAUCAUUACAACCCGGGGGGCAUCUUUGCCCCGGCCUUACCUUUGACGCCGAGCUCCAUGAUGGACAAGUCCAAACCGUCUCCCAACCUCAACCACGCCGGCCUUGGCUUCAAUGACUACUUCCCCUCCCGACCGCACCCGGGGGGCCUGCCCUUCUCCACGGCCCCUCCAGCGUUCCCCGCCCUCACUCCAGGAUUCCCGGGGAUUUUCCCUCCGUCCUUGUACCCCCGGCCGCCUUUGCUACCUCCCACCCCGCUGCUCAAGAGCCCUCUCAACCACACCCAAGAUGCCAAGCUCCCGAGCCCGCUGGGCAACCCUGCGCUGCCCCUGAUCUCGGCGGUCAGCAACACCAGCCAGAGCGUGUCCGUGGAGGAGAAAUUCGAGGGGGGGCUGGAGAACUCCUACCUGGAGAAGCUGAAGGCGAGGAACAGCGACAUGUCCGACGGCAGCGACUUCGAGGACGUGAACACCACCACGGGGACGGACCUGGACACCACCACGGGGACCGGUUCGGACCUGGACAGCGACGUGGACAGCGACCGGGACAAGACCAAGGACAAGAGCAAACCUACUGAGAGCAAACCGGACUUUGUCAGUGGCUCGGGGGCUCCCGGGGCCCCCAACAGCAUUAACGAGGUCCCCGUCUUCUACUCCCAGCAUUCCUUCUUCCCUCCACCCGAAGAGCAGCUACUCCCUACAUCCGGAGCGGCCAACGACUCCAUCAAGGCCAUCGCCUCCAUUGCCGAGAAAUACUUUGGGCCAGGCUUCAUGGGAAUGCAGGAGAAAAAGAUGGGCUCCCUCCCGUAUCAUUCCAUGUUCCCGUUUCAGUUCCUCCCCAACUUCCCCCACUCGCUCUAUCCCUUCACGGACCGCACCCUCAACCAUAACUUGCUGGUCAAAGCCGAACCAAAGUCGCCCCGAGAUCUCCACAAGGUGGGCAGCACCAGCUCCGAGUCCCCUUUCGAUCUCACCACCAAACCAAAAGAGAUGAAGCCCAUCUUGCCCGCCCCCAAGAUCGUGCCCCCAGCCCAAGCUUCCGGAGAGGAACAGCCUUUGGACUUGAGCAUUGGGAACCGGAUCCGGGCCAGUCAGAACGGAGGAAGGGAACCCCGGAAAAACCACAUUUACGGGGAGAGGAAGCUCCUUCCUAGUGAAAUGUUGCCCAAGAUCUCUCCAUCCCAGCUCCCUCAACAGCCUUCCCUGCACUACGCCAAGCCAUCGCCUUUCUUCAUGGACCCAAUAUACAGGGUGGAGAAGCGGAAGGUGACCGACCCUGUGGGCGCCCUAAAGGAGAAGUACUUGCGGCCAUCUCCCCUGCUCUUUCACCCCCAGAUGUCAGCCAUUGAAACCAUGACGGAGAAGCUGGAGGGCUUUGCAGGCAUGAAGACGGACACCGGAAGCUCCCUGCAACCCCUCCCCCACCACCCCUUCAGUUUCAGGUCCCCACCCCCAACGCUGUCAGACCCCAUCCUGCGGAAGGGCAAGGAACGCUACACGUGCAGGUACUGUGGUAAGAUCUUCCCGCGAUCAGCAAAUCUCACUAGACACCUUCGAACACAUACUGGGGAGCAGCCCUACAGGUGUAAAUACUGCGACCGGUCAUUCAGCAUUUCUUCCAAUCUCCAGCGGCACGUGAGAAACAUCCACAACAAGGAGAAGCCCUUCAAAUGCCACCUGUGUAAUCGGUGUUUUGGACAACAGACCAACUUGGACAGACACCUGAAGAAGCAUGAACAUGAAAAUGUUCCAGUGAGCCAGCACACAGGAGUCAUUACGAAUCACCUUGGGACCAGCGCUUCCUCCCCCAACUCGGAAUCAGACAACCAUGCACUUUUAGAUGAAAAAGAGGAUUCCUAUUUCUCUGAAAUCAGAAACUUUAUUGCAAAUAGCGAGCUAAACCAAGCAUCAACUCUGACGGAUAAAAGGCCAGAAAUUCAGGACAUCGAUAGCAAUUCUCAGUGCCAUGGCUUAGCCAAUGAAAAGUCAGAGGAUGUAGAUGAAGAAGAGGAAGAGUUGGAGGAGGAAGAUGAUGACAGUCUGACAGGGAAGUCCCAGGAUGAGACAGUCUCUCCCACAACAGAGCCCCAAGGAGCCUAUGAGGAUGAGGAGGAUGAAGAGCCCACAUCACUCAGCAUGAGCUUUGAUCACACAAGAAGGUGUAUGGAGGAGGAAGAAGCCGGCCUGUUAGAUUUGGAGCAGAUGCCGAAUUUUGGGAAGGGGCUGGAUCUCCGCAAAGCGGCUGAGGAAGCAUUUGAAGUUAAAGAUGUGUUUAAUUCCACCUUAGACUCUGAGGCAAUAAAACAAACCUUGUACAGGCAGGCUAAAAACCAGGCUUAUGCAAUGAUGCUCUCCCUUUCUGAAAACGCUCCUCUUCACACUUCCUCCCAGAAUUCUCUGGACGCUUGGUUGAACAUGACGGGAGCAGCAUCAGAGACGGGGGCCUUUAACUCCAUUAACCACCUCUGA